AUGAAACUUUCUCUAUUAGGAUCUGCAGCUUUGUUUUUACUCCAUACAUUGUCCUUAGUUCAUGAAUCAGCUGCUGCUAAUGAUGGAAAACCAAAUAUCCUUUUUAUUUUUACAGAUGAUCAAGAUGCUAGGUUGAAUUCCAUUGAUUACAUGCCUAAUUUGCAAAAACAUCUUGUGAAGCAAGGUACUCUCCAUCGUAAUCAUUAUGCUACUAUUGCUAUAUGUUGCCCAAGUCGCGUCAGCUUACUUCGAGGUCAAUAUGCUCACAACACAAACAUCACUGAUGUAAGUCCUCCAUAUGGAGGUUAUAGUCGUUUUAAUAAGCUUGGAUUAGGUGAAUCUACUUUACCAAUUUGGUUACAGGAAGCUGGUUAUCAUACAAAUUACAUUGGCAAGUUAAUGAAUGAAUAUAGUGUUAAUAAUUACAACAAUCCUACUCCAAAAGGCUUUGAUUAUCAAGAUCAACUAGUUGAUCCUUACACUUAUGUUUAUAACAAACCUGUUUUUUCAAAAGAUGGUGAAUCUCCAGUCUUCUACAAGAAUGCUUACCAAACUGAUGUUAUCCAUGCUAAAGCUCUCCAAGCUCUGAAGAACCAACGUAAUUCUGACAAACCAUUCUUCCUUUGGGUGGCUCCUAUGGCUCCUCACGGUCAAUUCUCCUUUCAAAAUGGUGUUAUGAAAACUGAACCUCCUGUUCCUGCUGCUCGUCAUGCUCAUCUUUUCAAAGAUGUCAAAAUUGCCCGUACACCCAAUUUCAAUCCUAAAAAGCAAACCAAGACUGCUUCCUUUUGGAAAGGACUUUCUCAUCUCAAUAAUACUUUGGUUGAUCAAUUUGAUGAAAUCCACCGCAAUCGUUUACGUGCGCUACAAGCAGUAGAUGAAAUGAUUGGUACAUUAUUUGAUGAACUUCAACAUCAAGGCAAACUGGACAACACUUAUGUGAUCUAUUCUGCAGAUAAUGGUUAUCAUCUUGGUCAACAUCGUGCGUAUCCCGGUAAAUGCGGUAACAUUGAGGAAGAUAUCAAUGUUCCCUUUAUCGUUCGUGGUCCUGGUAUUCCAAAAGGCAAAGUCAGUGAUAUUGUCAGUGCUCACCAUGAUCUUGCUCCUACCUUCCUUGCCCUUGCAAAAGGCAGUCAACAUGUUCCAGACUGGGUGGAUGGUGGCGUUAUCCCUUUGACACACGAUCUUCAAAAGCAUCCCAAGACUGUUGCCAAGGAAUCCUUUGCUGUCGAAUUUUGGAUGCAAGAUGCUAUGCCAGAAUUCUAUCCAGAAGUCAAAGCGGAAGGUCCUAACACCUACAAAACCCUCCGUGUCAUCUCCAAGGACUACAACUAUAUGUAUUCUGUUUGGUGUACUGGCGAACAUGAAUUCUAUGAUCUCAAAAACGAUCCUUAUGAAACUAUCAACAAAUAUCACCAUAUUGAUGAACAGCUUCUCAAUCGUUUGGAUGCCUUGUUACUUGUUCUCAAAUCAUGUCGUGCAGAAAAUUGUCGUGAUCCUUGGCGUAUUCUCCACCCUCAUGAUCCAUCUGUUAAGACAUUGGCAGAUGCUCUCCACCAUAAGUUUGAUCAACACUACAGUCAAUACAAGCACGUCUCUUUCUCUGAAUGUCUUCCUUAUAUCUCGGUAUUCAACGAACAACCAGUCAUCGGUCAUCACUUUAAAGCAAAUAGUACGACUCUUGCAACUACGAACUUGACAACGGAUAUCAAUAAAUCUGAGAAGGUACUGCAAAAGCUGCUUCGGUCUUCGAUCACCAUUCCAUCUACAUCAUAUCAAGAAGAUGACGAUGAAUACAUCAAGAACGUGAUUCGGCUUCAUCAAAUGAUCCCUGAUCCAGAUGAUGAAGACUCAGUUGGUUUGGAACGUUUAUCUGAAGACUUUGAAAAGGACGCUAUUCCUGUUCCUGAAGAAUUGGUCACUAGUCAAAUCGAUUGGGUCAAACAUGGUUUUUACAACGCUUUUGGAAAUUGAAGAUGUAUGGCAUAUCGAUGGUAUUUAUUUAUUAGAUUUUAAUUUUAUUAUUAGUAUAACAUCUUCUCAUUUUAUUCUAUUAUAUUUACACAUAAUAAACCAAUGUACAAAUCAUUAGUUUUAAAUGAUCC